CCCAAGAUCCAAUUCAAUUGAUUUAACCUCUGCAAGCCACAAUGCCCGACCUCGAAACCCUAUACCAAAAAGCCGAGGCAGGCGACCUCAAAAGCCUCUACAACUACUGCAAACACUACCUCAACAACCUAAGCACCACAAUUGAACCCUCCACCGAAGUAUUCGUCCGCUCCGACAAGACAUUCAUCAUGCGAGACAAAACCACACGUACACUCCUGCGCGGCGAAGUCUCAGACAUAGAGGACCUCGAGACCAUGAAGGAAAGCCUGUCGCGGGUGCUUUUCAAAGAUAUUGGGGCUCGGGAGGAGACUUGUACUGCGUUUGCUUUUGCGGCGACGAUGGUCGGGGGUUUGAAGGGUGCUUUUGUUGAGGUGGUGAGGUAUCCGGAUGGGGGUGUUUGGAUUGGGGUGGAGGGGCCGUUGAGUCUUAAGAGGAGGGAUGUUGGUGUCCAGGGUGCUUUGGGGCAGGUUUUGGAGAGGUGUUCGUUUCGUGAGGAGUAAAGCAAACCUGCUAGCGAGAUUUGAGGAUCUGGUGGUGUGUUGUGG